AAUUUUAUAGUUCCAAUGUCAGUAUGUCAAGCUGCUGCUUCAUCUGCUCAUAAUUACGCCACAUGUGGUUGUCCAUACAUUUUUGGUGGUACAUCAUGCGGUUGUGGUGGUAGCGGUGGCAUGGAUUGCAGUGGUCUUGUUUAUACCUCAUACCAAGAGGCUGGUUUCUCUGGUAUUCAACGUACUGCAAGUCAACAGUAUGAUCAAGGCUUUGAUGAUUGUGGUGGUGGUUCAAGUGGUAACUCUGACACUUCCGGAUGUAUUGUUGGUGAUUUAUUAUUCUAUUGCUUUGAAGCACCAUGCCCAUCACAUGUUACAAUGUAUGUUGGUAAUGGCCAAAUGGCUGAAUGUCCACAACCAGGUCAAGAUUGUCACGUUAUUCCAGUUUACAGUGAAGCCUAUUAUGGUUGUAAAUCAGUUUGUGGUUAA